AUGUCGUUGGGCGCGGCUCGAACGCGACUACGCGUGUCCACAACAAGUCUACGGACGCGGGCCAAUUCAUAUUCAACUAAGGGCUCUGGCUCAGGCGCAGGUUCAUUAUCAAACCUGAAGAGAUAUAUGAUCGGUGCCGGUGUGGUUGGUACACCAGGCCUUUGGUGGUUGGUGAAUACUCGCGACGAUGUGCCACACCUUGGAAGCCCGCCAGCCGAGCACUGGAGCGUCGAACCAGGUCCUUCUAAAGACCAAGUGACGCGUAUCAUAUCACAAGGGGCAUAUUCAUUUCUGGUCAGAAAUGUUUCCGGAGUCAGCAGAUAUGAUGGUGCUCAAGUAGCUUCCAAUAGUCCGUGCGAGGACCAGUUCAUCCAUGGUAAAUUUCCUUCGCCAUGGAAAGGAGGCAAGAAAUGGAUGGCCUGGGCUGUCUUGGAUGGUCAUUCAGGCGCGCAAACAGCAGAAUUGCUAAAGGAGCAACUCCUACCUUUCGUCCGAUACAGUUUGAGUCGAAUAAAGCCAAGCUCGACAGAAAACACCGUACCAGAGGAGUUGGUACAGCACGCUAUUAUAAAGGGGUUUACGAACCUCGAUGAUUCCAUUGUCAAAACCGCUCUGGCCACGUCUCAGAGCGAAAAAUCCUUGCAAGAGAAAGUAAGGAAAUUGGCCCCCGCUUAUUCCGGUUCCUGUGCUUUGCUCUCCAUGUACGAUUCCACCACAGGCAGAUUGCAUGUGGCGUGUACCGGUGAUUCGAGGGCGGUUUUGGGGCAACAAAGGCCAGACGGCAGGUGGGAAGCAAUGCCAUUGUCGGUAGAUCAAACUGGCUACAACAAAGAAGAGAUUGCCAGGCUUCAGAAAGAGCACCCUGAUGAAGAAGAUAUGGUCAAAAAUGGACGGGUACUAGGGCUUGCGGUCUCACGGGCCUUUGGUGAUUGCCAGUGGAAGUGGCCUGUUGAAUUCCAGAAGGAUGUGCAACGGAGAUUUUAUGGUCCACCACCUCUGGUGCCGAGAUACCCCAUUCGAACCCCACCCUAUCUGACGGCUGAGCCGGUCGUGACAAGCAUCAAGAUCGACCCUGGGAUCCCUUCUUUCCUGAUCAUGGCAACGGAUGGCUUGUGGGAUAUGCUCUCCAGUCAGCAGGCAGUCGAUCUAGUGGGGAAAUGGCUGGAAACGAAAGGAGAGAAGUGGAACAGCAAGGAGCCAACAUAUGAGCCAUUCGACUUCGGCCAUUUCUGGAAAGGAGUAAGCUGGAAGUUCGUGGAGGAGAGAACAACAGUGCAAGAUGACAAUGUCGCUGUGCAUCUGGUGCGUAAUUCACUGGGUGGAAAUCAUCAUGAGUUGAUAGCAGGCCGACUUGCCUUCAGCUCUCCAUCCUCCCGACGUCUUCGAGACGAUACAACUGUACAGGUGGUUUUCUUUAAUUACGCAGACCUGGAAAGAUAA